AUGUCAACAACAAAUAUAACAGCCAUCAGGAUUUCAUCAGAUGGAGCAUGGCAGGGAGAGAACCCACUAAACUAUGCUUUACCUCUUCUUGUCAUUCAGACCACAUUAGUCCUCUUGCUAAGCCGCAGCAUUGCUUUUUUCCUCAAACCCCUCCGACAACCUAAAGUCGUAGCAGAAAUUUUGGGUGGAAUUGUCUUAGGACCUUCUGCACUUGGCCGAUGGAAACCCUACUUGCAUACAAUCUUCCCCUCAUGGAGCUGCCCCGUCCUUGAGACUGUCUCCAGCAUCGGUCUCCUCUUCUUCCUUUUCCUCAUUGGACUAGAACUCGACAUCAACUCCAUUCGUCGCAGCGGGCGCAAAGCCUUUGGCAUUGCAGCUGCUGGAAUCCUCCUCCCUUUCCUCUCUGGAAUUGGGAUAGUUUUCGUCCUCAGGAAGACGGUUUCUGGUGCUCCAGGUGUUGGCUUCUUCCAAUUACUCGUUUUCAUUGGUGUUUCACUCUCCAUUACAGCUUUUCCUGUUCUUGCUCGCAUUCUUGCUGAGCUCAAGCUUCUUACUACUGAUGUCGGAGAGACUGCAAUGGCGGCCGCUGCCUUUAAUGAUGUUGCAGCUUGGGUGUUGUUGGCACUUGCAGUUGCAUUAUCUGGAGGGCAACAUAAGAGCCCGCUCGUGUCCUUAUGGAUUCUGCUCUCAGGCGUACUCUUCACAGUGUUCAUGAUGACAGUAAUACGACCAGUUAUGGCAUGGAUUGCUCGGCAAUCAUCACCAGAAAAUAGGGCAACGAGGGAGAUGUCCAUUUGUCUGACACUGGUUGGAGUCCUGGUAUCUGGUCUCAUGACUGAUUUCAUAGGAAUUCAUUCCAUUUUCGGUGCGUUUAUGUUCGGGCUAACGAUACCAAAAGAGGGGAAGUUUGCAGAGAAGUUGUUUGAGAGGAUAGAAGAUUUUGUGUCAGAAUUGAUGCUCCCUCUCUACUUUGCAUCAAGCGGACUGAAAACUGAUGUGGCCAAGAUUCAAGGGGCGGAGGCGUGGGGCCUUUUAGUGCUAGUAACCGCAACAGCAUGCAUUGGAAAGAUUGUCGGAACUUUCGUGGUGGCUGUCUCUAGUAAAAUUCCAGCGAGGAAGGCAGCAACGCUUGGAGUGUUGAUGGGGACUAAGGGACUGGUAGAGCUCAUAGUUCUAAACAUUGGAAAAGAGAAGAAGGUCCUCAACGACGAGACAUUCACAAUCCUUGUUCUCAUGGCACUUUUCACCACCUUUAUCACUACUCCCGUUGUCCUUGCCAUCAACAAGCCAACAGGGGAUGCAUACUGUAACUACAACCCUCGCCUUCAAUCUGAUUCAUCUUUAUCUUUGGGCAAAAGAGAUCUCAGAAUUCUGGCAUGCCUCCACAACUCAUACAAUGUGCCAUCCAUCAUUAACCUGAUUGAAAUGAUACGAGGAAGUGAUGAGAUGUCUAGGCUCAAACUUUAUGUACUGCAGCUAGUCGAGCUCACCGAGCGUCCAUCAUCCAUCUUUACUGCAUUACGAGCUCGAAAGAAUGGGAAGCCAGCCCAUGACUCAACUAAACUGGAGGGAUGCAGUAACCUUGAUCAGGUUAUGGCAGGAUUUGAAGUAUACGAGAAGCUGGGAAGGGCCAAGAUUAGAUCUAUGACCGCCAUCUCAGCUCUUGCCACCAUGCAUGAGGAUGUAUGCCAUGUAGCAGAAGAGAAGAGGGUUUCCUUUCUGAUUUUACCAUUUCACAAGCAUUGGGUUGCUGAGGAUGAUGAAGAGGUGGAUGAUGUGGGUCAUGAAUGGAAAUCUGUGUACCAACGAGUCUUGGCCCAUUGCCCUUGCUCAGUAGGAUUGUUCAUUGACCGAGGAUUCAGUGGACCAACUUUUACAGAGGAUAAUACUAGAAUAUGUGGUGUGUGCAUUCUGUUCUUUGGAGGACCAGAUGAUAGGAAAGCUCUGGAGCUCGGUAUAAUGAUGCUAGAUAAUCCUAAUGUCAGACUGACACUGAUACGGUUUGUUCAAGAGGAGAAGAAUAGCCCCUUGGCCUCAGAGCAGGAGCAGGAUGAUAAAAAUGUGGCAGAGUUCCGAAGAAAGAGCAAAGGCCUGGCAGUUUAUGAGGAAAAAAGAGUAGAUAUAUUCAAAAAAUUGCAUGAUCUAUGUCAAAACAAAGAGUAUGAACUUUUAGUGGUAGGGAGGCGAGCUUCAUCAAGGCUAGGAGCUCUCAAUCUCGGAAAGUGGUGGGGAAAGCACACAGAGCUAGGACCAGUUGGGAACAAUUUAACUUCACAAGGGCUUGGAGUUGUCUCAUCCUUGCUCGUAGUUCAGCAGCACUGCACUGUGAAUUCAUGUAAUCUGAUACCUUUGACUUCCAUGGAUGGAAACACAAUGGCACUCACCAUCAGCCCAAAUAUCAGUGCAUCGGUAUGAAUUUGAAGAGAAUUUUCUCUAGAAAGCUUGUGUUAUUGCUGGUUUUAAGGGAAAAAAAUGGAGCCUUAUAUGUAAGUAAGAUGAGUGAUAUAAUAUGUUAUGCUUGUAAGAUAUGUGUGUCUUAUCAGAACCUUGGACAAUUUAAUUGACUUAAAACAUCA